UAAUACUCUUUCCUAAACACCUUCGCUUUUUUUUUUCUCUUCGCUUUAACUACCAGUCGUUCGCUCCAGAUCGCCUCCAGACAUCUCAGAGAACCCCUAAUACUUAAUUCGAGAAACUCACCAGCACAACUUCAUCAAGAUGCGUUCCGUUUCCAUCGCGGCUGCUGCCCUUAUUGGCGCUGCCGUCGCCAAGCCCCUCGAGCGUCGUGACGGCUACAAUGCUGGGUAUAACCCUCACCCAUACCCUACCGGCGGCUCUUCGUCUGUUCCAGCGCCAUCAUCGACCCCUGGAUAUUCCGUCCCGACUCCAUCCACCACUCCGGGCUACCAGAUCUCCAGCUCUAAGUCUGGAGGUUACUCUGUCCCGAGCAGCUCGAGCGUGAAGCCUUCAAGCUCAGCUUACCCCUCCGGAAGCAGCUCUGCCAGCUCCACUCCAUGCACUGAGUCAAGCUCUGCCUACCCUACUGGAAGCAGCUCCAAGUCUGAGCACAGCGGGUAUCCCACUCCCAGCUCCAAGUCUGAGCACAGUGGAUAUCCUACACCCAGCUCCAAGUCUGAGCACAGUGGAUAUCCUACACCCAGCUCCAAGUCUGAGCACAGUGGAUAUCCUACACCCAGCUCCAAGUCUGAGCACCACUCUUGGUAUCCGACAGGCUACGGCCACAGCUCCAAGCCGACACCCCCGGCUUACUCGACUGUUACUCCCGUCACGGACACCGUCACGAGCUACAUUACUCAGACCAAGACCAUCACGACCACUACCUACUCUUGGGUGCCUCACUCCACUCCUGUGAGCCACAACGGGUACUCGACAUUCUACUCGACCUACCUGGCCCCGACCUACUAUCCUACGGUCUACACCACCACCUACGUUACGCCCAAGCCGUCUGAAUACCCUGUUGGCCCCAAGCCAUCCGAGUGUGCUCCUCCCUCCACCGUGACCGUCUACGUCACUCCCCAGUACGAGACGAAGACCUACACUGUGACCGAGCACGGCUACCCCCAGACCAUUACCGUGACUGUUGUGCCACCCAAGCCCACCUACCACACCGAGACCUCGUACGGCCCUGCUCCGCCGCCAAGCUCUUACCCUGUCGAGGCUUCUUCGACUCACGGCCCCAAGCCUCCGGUCUCAACUCCUUACUACCCGACCGGUCCCCACGGUCACUCGUCCGUUCCCAGCGGUACCGGCUACCCAGUUAAGCCUACUUCCAGCGCUUAUCCCGUCAAGCCUUCCUCCUCCUCCAAGGGAUAUCCCAUUGGCAGUGGCAGCACUAGCUCCUACCCCGUGAAGCCGACCACCAGCUCCUACCCUGUCAAGCCCAGCUCUGCUAGCUCUUCUCCCUGCACGGAGUCGAGCACAGCUUACUCGACGGCUCCUGCUAGCUCCAGCUCCUACCCUGUGAAGCCUACCUCUUCGUCCUCUUCCAAGGGAUACGAGACCCCUUCCAGCUCCUCGACCGUCGUCUACCCUACAGAGACGCCUUCCAGCAGCAAGGGAUACGAGGUUCCGUCCAGCACCCCCGUCGCUCCCUCCAGCACCAAGGGCUACGAGGUCCCGUCCAGCAGCCCUGUUGCUCCCUCCAGCGCUCCCGGCUACGUCCACCCCUCUUCCUCUGAGGCCGGCUAUGCCGUCCCCACCCCUGCCACUGGCUACAAGACCUACUAAGCCAUAAAAUCACACAUUGGCGCUCUGGAAACCAUUGCCCGCAUCGGGCCCCACAUUCCCUUUGUUCACGACUUUCCUUGAUUUCAGCGCUUCGCAGGCACUCUUCUUUAGCAUAGCCGCGGCGUCACGAUUCUUAGACUAGUGAUUAUUUAUUGUAAUUCUCCGGCUUGACGCGUUUGGUAUCUGAUCCUUGAGAUUUUGUUCUGGGCAAAGAUGGACACGAGGAGGAUUGGUGAUGAUUGAAGGGCCAUAGCUAGCAUUAUUAGUGGAAUUGACUCCUCCUUUGCACAUUCCU